CUUGUAUUGGUGUGUACAAUUUCUUUCAUCUCUUCAGGUUGGGAAUUCUCCCGCGAAUGAACAGCAUGAUACCGCGGAGUAAGGAGGCGCAUUUCUCGAUGUCUUCGCCACUUUUUCAUGAGAAAGACUGACCCAAUGCUUAAUCCUAGUGUUGCUACAAUUCCUACGAUGACCCAGAUGACGAUACCGAUCGUAUGGCUUCGUGCCGUCGACUCAAGAUCCUUCGCAUUACUCGUGGGGCGAGGUGAAUCUGCAGACGUCGUCAUGGGAGUAGGCGUUGCGAUUAUCGAACUCGUAGUGGUAGUCACGGGAGGCACAUUGAGAGUAUUUGAUGUAGUGGACUCUGGCACAAAUGAAGAGUCAGGAAGUUCUUGGCUAGACUUUGAGCGGCAGAAACAUCGAAUGCGUCGAGGUCCUGAACAAUAAGAUCGGCUGUUAAGACCAAACCACGAAAAGAUGCUACGCAACUACAUAGUUGGCAUACGCCCAAACUGGAACUGUUGUCUCGAUCGGUAUAUUCUUAGGAAAACUA